AUGUUCGCGUCGAAAGUGAUAUCAAGAUAUGUCCUGGGUUCGAGACUUGCCAUACGCACAUAUGCAAUCAGGCCUCUAAAGGUACCCAUUACUCUGCCUUCUGGGAUUACCUACGAUCAACCUACUGGUCUAUUUAUCAACGGAGAGUUUGUCAACUCUCAGCAGCAUAAAACUUUUGAGGUGGUCAACCCUUCUACGGAACAAGAAAUCACACAUGUCUACGAGGCUCGCGAAGAAGACGUGGACGUAGCCAUUGCCGCUGCGAAAAGGGCGUUUGAGAGCAACUGGAGCACGGCGGACCCUGAAUUCCGUGCUAGGUGUCUAUACAAGCUCGCCGAUCUUGUGGAAGAACAUUCUGAAAUAUUGGCAGGUAUCGAAUCUCUAGACAAUGGGAAAUCGUUACUGUGUUCCAGGGCCGAUGUCAGUCUUGCUUCCAAGUAUCUGCGUUCCUGUGGCGGUUGGGCUGAUAAAUUGUAUGGUCGGACAAUCGACACCGGAUCUUCUCAUUUUUCAUACACGCGCCGUGAACCUUUGGGCGUAUGUGCUCAGAUUAUCCCUUGGAAUUUCCCACUCUUGAUGUGGUCUUGGAAAAUAGGCCCAGCUUUGGCUACCGGAAAUACCGUGGUUCUCAAGCCCGCGGAGGCUACCCCGUUAUCUGCCCUUUACGCUUCUCAGUUGGUUAAUCAGGCAGGAAUUCCAGCCGGAGUUGUCAAUAUUCUUCCUGGAUUUGGCAAAAUGAUUGGUGAGAGAAUGUGCACGCACAAGGAUGUGAAGAAAGUUGCAUUUACAGGCUCAACCGCAACGGGUCGUCAUAUUAUGCGUACAGCAUCAGAUACAAUCAAAAAAGUUACUUUGGAGCUGGGCGGAAAAUCCCCUAACAUCGUUUUCGCAGAUGCAGAUUUACAGAGGGCAGUGCGUAACAUUGCAUUCGGGAUUUUCUAUAAUUCUGGUGAAGUAUGCUGUGCUGGCUCUCGUGUUUACGUCCAGGAUACAGUUUACGAAGAAGUGCUCCAAAAAUUCAAAGACUUUGCGGAAUCUUUAAAAGUUGGCAAUCCAUUCGAAGAGGGUGUUUUCCAAGGCGCCCAAACCUCGCAAAUGCAAAUUGACAAGAUUCUAGAUUACGUUCAGGUAGGAAAAGGCGAGGGUGCUCGUGUUGUUACAGGAGGUGAACGUUUAGGCGAUAGAGGUUAUUUCGUGAAGCCUACGAUCUUUGCAGACGUCACGGAAGAUAUGCGGGUGGUCAAGGAAGAAAUAUUCGGACCAGUGGUCACAGUUUCUAAGUUUUCCACGGUAGACGAGGUCAUCGAAAUGGCUAAUGACAGCCAAUAUGGUCUUGCUGCAGGCAUCCAUACAAAAGACGUGAACAAGGCUAUUGAUGUUUCCCACCGUGUUAAAGCUGGAACCGUAUGGAUCAACACUUAUAACGAUUUCCAUCAAAACGUACCUUUUGGCGGAUUCGGACAGAGCGGAAUUGGACGUGAAAUGGGUGCGGAAUCUUUCGACAACUACACCCAAGUGAAGGCUGUUAGACUGUCUAUUGACCAUGUCGAACGUUAA